CGAAGAUCUGGAACCUCUACCUCAAAAUAAAGAAGCAAGCUCAAAGAAAUCACUGGUUUAUACUAACUCGUAAUCAGGAUAUUGGAUAUUGGAUAACAUACUGAAAUCGAACUUUAGCACUAUUAUAAACUUAUUCGUUACAGUUUGUGUUUGUUGUUCGCUUUCAUCUUUACAAUGAUAUGUGAUUUUCGAAAUGUUGGAAAAUAAUGUAGAUCCAGCGAAUGCGGAUAUUAUUUCCAAGUAUCUUAAUCCUAAGGCGUCGGAGAAUCCUGUCGAUAUAUCCGAUGACCCAGAUAUCAAGGAUUCUGAAAAUAGGGAUUAUUUUGGCUUUUACCAUCCCAAUGGUUUGACAAAAAAGGAGAGGAUUGUUGAAGAUAAAUAUCGUAAAAAUGAUAUUCGUCGUGUUGAUAAAUGGCUUAAAAUGAUUCACAAGUGGGAAGAAGUCGAUUCCUUAUGGAAUCGUAUGUACAGGAAUGGUCGAGCCUCAGAGAAGCUAACCCGACGAAUUUUCAAGGGAAUCCCUGAUCGAUUUCGUGUGACUGUUUGGCCUCUCCUCCUUUGUGUAGCAGAUGCUAAGAAUAGAAAUAAGGAUAUUUAUACAAAAAUGCUAAAUCAAGCGCUUUCUUCAUCACGUUCCCUAAAUCAAAUUGACUUGGAUGUCAAUAGAACGUUUCGAAAUACAAUUUACUUUCGUGAUCGUUAUGGUCCACGACAAUGUGCAUUGUUUCGUGUUCUAGCCGCCUAUUCAGUGUACAACGCAGAUGUUGGUUACUGUCAGGGGAUGAGUGAAUUGGCUGGUUUAUUUCUUAUUUAUAUUGAAGAUGAAGAAGAUGCAUUUUGGGCAUUGAAUCAAUUGAUGACCGGUUAUCGACAUAAUAUGCAUAGUGUAUAUGUUGCUGAUUUCCCUGGACUCAAACGUCUGUUUGCUCAUCAUGAACGGAUUGUACGAAAAUUACUGCCUAUCUUAGAUAAACAUUUCACUAAACAUGAUAUGUUAACUAGUACAUAUGCACUGAAAUGGUAUAUGCAGUGUUUUUUAGAUCGGUUACCUGUCACAUUGGUACUUCGAUUAUGGGAUAUAUACUUGUUAGAAGGUGAAAAGUUACUUUUAGCUAUGGCGUAUAAUAUACUGAAAAUGCAUAACAAAAGAUUAUUACUUAUGGAUCAAAUGCAGAUGACAUCAUUUUUUCAAGAUGAAUUAGCUAAAGACUUCAUGUUCGAUGAUGAUGAUGUUAUUGAUUCAUUGAAGGAUUGUUUAGAACUACUGCAUAAGAAUAAACUGGAUACACCUCCACCAUUAACAUCUGAUAUGCUACCGAAACGACUUGGUGUUGGGUAUACACCUGAUCAAGUUUGGCGUAAUCGUAAUGAUACACUAACGGCAAAUAAUAGUAAUAAUACACCGACACUGACAAAACAGACUAUCACAGACUAUACUCCGCCUAUAAAACCUCCAUUGAAAGAUCAUUCAAGUUAUAAUGGAAAAUUGCGGUCUCGAGUCUCUCCAUCCCAGAUGCCUAAAACGAUAUCAGUUAAUCCAAUAACCUCUUCAAUGAGUCCAGUCAGUCUAUCAUCUGUCUUAUCAAAAUCAUCAAAUUAUUCGCCUAGUCUAGCGACAUCAGCUUCAAUAAUAACUGCUGCUGCAAUGAAAACUGGUGGUGGUGGUGGUCGACGUUACAAUAUAUCAACUAGUCAACUCUCUACAAAGUCUACAAAUAAUCCUAGUUACAUAUAUGUAAGUAAUCAAAAUAUGAAAAUGAAUCAAGUUCUCCCGUCGAAAUCUGAAUUGCCCUAUUCACCGACAUAUAGCAGCAGUAGUAGCGGUGUACUUAGUGGUGGUGGUGGUGGUGGUAGUGGGGGUUAUGCAUCAGCUGAAAAUCGAUUAAGAAUUGCAUCGAAUAUGUACAGUCCAUCACAGACAACAACACCAACAGCAACAACAAGAGGUCAGUCUUAUCGAAGUUCACAAGAUGAAAGUUAUGCAACUACAAGUGGUCGUCAUUAUCGUACACCGAUGAAAUUACCCACUGCAAACUCUAAUGAUUAUAAAAUUAUACGUCGAUAUGAAUUAAAUAAUGAUAAUGUUAUGCUGGUAUCUAUUACACCAAGAAAGCCUACAGGGGAAGAGGAGCAGGAGGAGAACCCAUCUGCAGUCCCUGUAAUGUAUAAAUCCUAUCAUCCACCGAAUAAAUCAAGAUUUACACGGAAUAAAGAAAUUAGUAUACAUCGUCAAAGUGCUGCAUAUGAUGACAAGGUAACCAGACGACCUGAAUUGCCUAGCACCUUAAUAACAACACCAACAACAACAAAAACAGCAACACUAACUCCACAGAUGGCAACAUCACGUCUAGGUCGAUGGACAAGUGAACAAAUUGUAUCAUAUGAUACAACCAAUCGUCCACCUUCAACUACCAGUUCUGAAAUCAGUAUUGAACAACAACAACAACAACCUUGGCAAAAACGUGAAGCUUCCCCGUCGAAAUAUGAUCACCAGUCGAAUAUGAUAACAAAAUCACCAAUCCUUAUAUCAUCACGUACAUCUACUAUCAAAAAUAUCACCUCUUCUUAUGAUGCUGGUAUCAAUAAACUCAGCGAUGAGAAAUCAGCUCAACUACCACUACCGCUGACAACAGAAAUUUGGAUUGCUGGCAAUAACACUGUUGUUGCAGCCAAUCAUAAUAACCGAAAUCAACGGAUGAAUACAGCAGUGCAUUCACCAGUCAGUCCAGAUUUAUCUACUGGUUCUCAAGACACUAAAUAUUCUAAUACUAUAUUCACUUCUUCGUCAUCAUUGUCACCAAAUUCUAAAAGAGUUCAAAUUAUCCGUGUAUCAGAUGAUUUAGACAAUACGAAAAAGAAUAAUAGUAGUAAUAAUAAUAAUAACAACAACAGCAGAAGAGAUCCAAGUUGUUAUCGUUCUGGUAUUACUAUUAAGAAACCUUAUUAUGAAUCUAUGCAACCUGUAAAUGAUUAUGUACGUCGGAUACCGUCUACACCUAGAUCGAAUAUUAUCAUGAAGCCAACAGAAAUACUAAUGCCAGAACCGAAACCAGUCUCAAAAUCUCUCAAUAAAAAAUUGGUAACAAUUCAAUCGUCAAAUUGAAACCGAAUGAUACUAUUCUCCGUCCCUGCCGUCCCCCUCUCUCUUCUGUUAUUCGACAUACCAUCAUAAAUUCACUAUAAUAUUUACGCUACAAUUUCUUCACCUUUGAGAUUUUGACUCACUCAUGAACAAAGCUGCUUAUAUAUAUAUAUAUAUGUAUGUAUACAACAACAUAGUGAAAUAUUUGCUCAUUUACUAUUAUGAUUACUUAUUUACUUAUUUAUGAUAAGCGUAUUGUGAUUUCUAACAUUUUAUAAAAUGGCUUUUUGUCCCACUGUACUCUCCUCCUACCUGCUACCGCCAUCAAGAACAGAGAGAAGACUAGAAAAUUAGUGAUGCGCUUAAAACAAAUAUGCACUGGAAACGCAUUACUUCAUAUAUAUUUAUAUACAAAUAUCUUUAUUCUUGUGAUAUAUUUAUUCGUAGGACUGUCGACCUCCCACCCCCCGUCUCCCUUCACCGUAUAUUUUUUCAACAAGUCUCAAAUUUCCUUACUCCCUAUUUUUUCAUGUUGGUUAUUCUUGUUAUCCGUGGAUCUCUAUUAUCUAGCCAGCUGCCAGCAAUCAAUCAUAAAAUUGUAAUUUUAGUUAUCAAAACCUUCUUUUGUUUUGAUUAUGUGAUUAUCUUUUUAUAUAUAUUUAUUUAUUUAUUUACAGUUAUUUACUAUGAGGAAAUUGUGUUUUCGCUUCUUAUUUCUUAUCUUGCCGUUAUGAUAACAACAAGAACUACCACUAGUACUGUUACGUAAUAACGACACUUGCUGUUCCUUCUAUUUUCUACUAAUUAGCAUUCUGGAUAGGUGGAUACUUACUUACAUGGAUAAAUAGAUUAGACAUUGGGUUUUUCCCUCCUUGUUUCGUGUCUUGAUCUUGUCAAGUCUAUGGAGCAUAUUUUUAUUCCCGUAUAGAUAUCCUCUUUUUUCUUCCCUUUUCGCAUACUUAGAAGAGAUAGCAGAAUUUUGGUGGAGUGAAAAUCAGAAUUAUUGUUCCGUGCCCGCCCCCCUCCGCCCGAAUGAUGCAUUAUCUUUCAUCUAAUUCUACCUGUAGAGUAGUGUUUUGUUUAACAGUGUUCGGUUAUGUGUGUAUUUAUUUAUCUCUUGUGAUGUAUUAUUAUAUAUAUAUAUAUAUGUUGUUUCUGUGGGAGGUCCUUUCACGAGCGGUUCUCCCUCUCCUCCUCUUCAUCCUUCUCCUUCUUACCCUGAAUGGUUUGUCUUCUGUUUUGUGAACUUUCAUCGUCUAUAUAUAUAUAUAUACACACACACUACUGUAUGACUUCUGUAUACAUUUUGUUUUCGAUAUCCUUUGUGAUUUUUCAGAAACCGUAGAGGUAGUUGCCUUCAUUAAUGAGGCAUAGUUAGUUAGUCAGUUGGUUAAUGGUCAUCAUGUUGUACUGAUUUUUGUUAUCAUUGUAAUCUUUGUCAAUUUCUUCAGAUCUCCAUCCUGUCUCACUCUUUCGUCGACCCCUCCUCUUCCAGUUCCUUUUGUACAACCACUUUGUUUAGUACAGUUUUUGUUUUCAUUGUCUUAUGUUGUAUUGUGUGUGGACAUUUAUGUACACACAUGCUCACACAUACACACACACACAUACAAACAUUUGGUCUUUUUUUUUCCUAUUCGCAUUUGUUAUUGCUUUAUAUUUACAAUAAGAAAGAGAAGAUUAUUAAUGACUGAAAAAUUCUGUCUAGUUAUGUAAUAACAAUGAGUGGGCAGUGUUCUCUUCAGUUUUGUUUUCUCUGUCUCCGUGAGAGUGUGAAAUUUAAUCUUCACUCUUCAUUUGUGUUAACUUUAGGAUUUCGUUUAUCAAAUCGUUCAGUCUAUGAGUCAAUCAUUCAUUUAUUCAUUAUUAUUACUUGAAGUUAAAAAGGUGUAUGUGUGGCAUUUGUUUAUGAAUAAGUAUUAUUACCAUUAUUAUUAUUAUUAUUACCAUUAAUACGUAUUCCUCUUCCUCCUGUUAAUCUUCUCAAUGAUAUGGUGGACAUUAACGUUCUGUGUGCUCUCUCUCCCUCUUGCCCUCUGUCUCCUUGAAUCAUUCAUUGUAAUGUAAUCUUCCUUCCAUAUCUUACUAUUAUUAUUAGUAGUAGUAUUAUUAUGUAUAUGUGAGUGGAGUGAGUGUGAGUGACUCAUAAAACAGGCUGUAUUAUGCAAAAGGCACAUCUUUUAUUGCUUACUACUAUGACUAUUAUUACUACGUCUUACGUAAUCUAAUCUCUUUGUAAUGAUAUAAAAAAGUGUGUAAAAUCAGAUGAAUUUGAUUUAUUUU